AUGCUUACGUACGAGUUUUCAGAUAGUCUUACUGAGACUCGGUAUCUAGUUCGUAUCAUUGUUGCGGGUGUUGUCAUUCUUCUCUUCUCAGGCGCACUCCAAGCAGCUUUAUUACCUUCAUCCCCACAGCUCCCCAAAAGUAUUCCAGUCUUUGGAGUUGAACCAGGACAAUGGCUUUUCCCCAGAACACGCGCCCGCUGGCGCAACACUUUGGCGCUGAAGUCCACUCUUGCGUCCACGUACAAAUCCCACAAGCAUACUAAUGCGAUCUUAUCUGUACUUGGCCUGGGUGAUCUCCUGUUUUUACCCAUUCAAGAAACACAAUGGCUUGCCGACCAGCCUAAUUCAACCGUCAACGCCCACGAACUCUUUGCAGACUUCUUAGAGACAGACCACACCAUUCCCGGAUCCAAGCUUGCACACGACAGUCUACAUGUGCAUCUGGUGUCGACAAAACUGACGCGGGUGACGGGGAAUUUGAUCCCAGUCAUGCAUGAUGAAACUCGGUGCAGCGUUGACGAGCUAUGGGGGCUGGACAGUGACGAAUGGAAGGAGAUUGACGCGAUGACGACGGUACAGCACAUGAUUGCCCAAGUUGUUGGUCGCGUCUUUUUCGGAGCUCCCCUAUGCCGAAACAAAAGACUGCAGGAUUUAAGCCUUGCGUUCACCCAGGAUGUCUCGCUGUCUGCCAUGUUGCUCCGGCUAACCUGGAGGCCACUGCGACCAGUCAUGGCCCCAAUCCUGACGAUCUCGAAUAGGAUCCACCUGGCACAGUUCUAUGGGAUUCUCAAGACAGAGCUGGCCCGUCGGUUGUCUCUUUACGACUUACGCCAAAAGGACCACGAACCAAAUCUUGAAGAGCCCGACGACUUUCUUCAAUGGUCCAUUCAACAAGCCAAGAUGCUGGAUGAUCCGCAGCAUUCCCAACCCUACGCACUCGCUCGUCGCCUGAUGAUAGUCAAUUUCUCCAGCAUCCACACCAGCUCACUCGUUAUUAUGAACGCUCUUGGUGAUAUCACCAAGAACCCGGAGCACAUUGACGAGCUUCGGCAGGAGGUCACCGAAGUCCUCGCACACCACGGCAAUUGUUGGAGUAAAAGUGCCGUUGCCGAUAUGAUUAAAUUGGAUUCGGCUAUGCGUGAGUCUCAACGACUGAACAACGGCAACUUCAUCACCGUCGUCCAUAAAGUUGUCCAACCAGACGGCAUCACCACUUCCACAGGUUUUCAUCUUCCUUAUGGCACUAUUCUGGGCGUUCCUGGCUACGGCGUGCACCACGACGGGGACAUCUAUCCCAAUCCGAACGACUAUCGUCCAUUUCGAUUCAGUGAGAUAAGGAUAACGCAGACCAUACCGGUUAACGAGGAAGGUGAUGGUCAGUCGGAGAAGUCUUCAGGAAGAACUAGGCAUAGAUGGGUUACAACCAGUCCGGAGUAUACGACAUUCGGCCACGGUCGAUAUGCGUGCCCGGGCCGUUUCUUUGCUUCGACGGAGCUCAAAAUUCUGUUGGCAUACUUGAUCUUCAACUAUGACACCCAGGCGUUGGCCCCACAGCCACAGAAUUUAUGGCGAGUGGCAUCGCAGGUUGCGGGGUUGAAACCUCGCUUCCGAGUUCGUCGAAGGAAGCGCGAGUGA